AUGCACCUGGGCGGCAUCCGCCAGCAGAACUCCCACCCAGCGUUGAAGUCCCAGAAGCCCACUGUCUCGGACGCGCUCUUCUCGGCGAAUGGGGAACGGCUCUUUCGCGGGCUCAUCGCGCAGAUUUUGGACCUAGACCCUGAGUUGCAGUACGAGGUCGUGAAGAGCGUGAGCAGUACGGAGAGGGGCCGCUGCCUCUUUAUCAUCAAGAACUCCUUGAUCUAUCAAGCUCGCUUGGAGUUGGAGGCUUCACAACGUGUGAUCCAUAUCUUCGAGCAGGAUUUAGGAGAAGUCCAGCGGCAGCUGAAAGAAGGAGGGCCGCUGUUUCCCUUGGCCGGGAAGCCUCCCAGUGAACGCAGCUCCUCCUCUUCCUCCAGUGCAACGGAGGAGGGAGGGCGACGAGAGGCAGAGUCCCCAGUCUCCCCGACGUCCCGGGGAAGCGUCGACCAAGAGGGUGAGCCGAUUCAGAAGGUGCGCAGCCGAAGAGCAGGAAUGCGUGGCUUCUUGGCCUUCGCCGACCAGAUGGCGCGCGCCACGGCGCGCCGGCCCACGGUGGUGAGUGGCCAGCCGGAGGAGCAUGCGCCACUCCUCCAGAUCCGCUCGGCGGAGCCCCGGAACAGCGUGAGCUCCCUCGUGCCCCUCACCGACGAGGGUCAGAGCUCCCGGACGCUGAAGCGGGGUGCUUGGCGGGCUCGCUCAGGCAGUGCCAUGGCACCUCCUGAGCCCAGUAUGUCUGAACGACUCAAGGAGGCGCAGCUGGCAGCGGAUGCACAAGCCAGGCCGGGCAAGCGUGGCUCGAAGGAGGCGCCGGGUAUCGGUGUCGCCACGUCCUUGGCUUCGUCCAUGCUGAAGACCAUGUUGAAGAAGCCAGCAGCGGUUUCAGUGUCGUUUCGGAAGACCAGUAUGAGUUUGAUUGGGGACUACGCCUGGGACAAGGUGGUCGCGAAGUUCGAGUCCAACCUCAAGAAGCACAACUUCGAACCCGAUAUGACUGCAGGACAGUGGAAGAGCCAUUUCUCCUGGGAUGUGGAUGAGCCGCUUUCGAGCCGGCUCCCUCAAGAUCGUCCUCGCACGGCGCCGCCUCCCAAGGUGCGCCACCCACGGCGCCCCAUACGGCCCUCGGCGCGCGCCACGAUGCCGGCGGGGACGAGCACUCCGGCAGAGCCAGAACCUGAAGAAGAAGAAGAUCGGCCGAAGACCAAAGAUGCUCCGAUGCUCUUCGCGCUCGCGAAGUUCAUGUCCAAGAUGAAAACCAAGAGGAGCAACUUGGACGAGUUUCUCCACGUGCCGCCGUUGAAGGAGAAGUGGAAGCGUCGGCCCUCACGUUUGUUGCCCAUGACGGAGGAGGCGGAAGAAGAAUGGCUGGAGAUCCGAAAGAAGAUUCUCGCCCAGAAAGGUCAGUGGCUGCAGCAGAGCCGGCGCAAGGUGGAACAGAUGAAACUGCACUUGGAAGAGGAAGCUGAUCCCUCCAUUUUCGAGCGGCAGCAACGCAAUCUGAGAGAGCAGAAGGUCCAACCCGUCGCGCAGCGGGGCUUCGAUGCGGUCUCCUUCGUGAGGUGGAAGGUCAACAAGCAGUUGAAGCAAGCGAUGCAGGAAGCCGAACGUGGUGGCCGCGUGGGUCCCGUGACCCGGGAGCGCACGGCGGGUGCUCCGCCCAUUGAGCCUCCGUGGAUCGUCGGGGAUCAGAGAUACAACAACAGCCUGGAAUCCUCCCGUGCGCGCAUCGCCAACCUCCGUGCCAAGAAGUAUCGCGACAAAGUCUUCAACAAGACUGGCUACGGGCGUGGGUGGCGUUUGGCGCUAAAUGUCUUCGAGCACGUGGAUGAACAGUUGGCAAACCCAGACACCUCAGAGGAGAGCACAAGCGGCUCUGAGAGCCACAGCCCAAGAUCGACUUCACUCAGUCGCUUCACUCCGGACCCGGGCCACUUCCGGCGCAGCCGCCGGCGCCGGGUGUCUGGAGCCUCUCGGAAGAUCCGUCAGCUGUCGGUGCUCUCGCCGCAUAUGCGGCAACAGUUCAUGUCGGAUGAGGACUGGGAUCUCCGUCCAGACGACUGGGACCUCCGCUGCUGGCUGCAGCCCGUGCGCUAUCGCGCGCGCACCGCCACGGACCGAGUCAUUACGCCCGAGGAACGUGGCAAGGCCUUGUCACGCAAGGGCUCCCGCAGCGACCCGGGCGCAGCGACUGGGAGCCUCGAGGACCCAGUGCUUUUUGUGCAGCAGGCCUGUCGUAAGCUGGUGGAGGACUUCGUGGCCUCCGAUCCGGUGGACGAUAGCAUUCCACAGGUGCACGUGCACGGCACGGAACAGCUGGAGGAGCCGGAGCGUCCUCAGGGCCGAUUGUUGGACGACUUUGAUCUGAAACACAGUCGGGUGAUGGAGAUUUUGGAGAGGGACAGUUUGUUGAACAAGGAGCCACUUGGUACUGUGGAUGAGGAGGACGAUGAGAUUGGUGCGCUCCGCUCGCCUGCGAUUUGGAGGGUCGUGAGGCCAGCUUGGAAGGGCAUCCGCUGGAUCAACCCAGAAGUGACAACAGGUGCAUGCGAGUCUGGCCUCGUCAUCGUUGCCAUAGAGAGACGCCUGGCGCGUUGGCAAAACAAUCAGAACGGCACCUUGACCCGGGAGAAGUCACAAGGCACCCGUUGCACCUACCGGUCCUUUGCCUUGCCGAACUCGUACUGCUUCGUGCGCUUCUUCAAGCACAGCACUCCCGGGUUUGCAGCGUUCUCCGGGCCAACGAAGAUCCCCUUGACAACGAUCAAGGUCCACGUGACUGGUGGAUGGCUCCGAGAUUGCCUGUUGGAGACCCAGGAAUUAAACCCAGUAGCCUGUGCGCAGUGGCAGAGAGUGAAGAAGCUCACAGCCAACGGCUUGGGGGACCUGGACGUGAUCAUCUCGGAAAGGAGCACGGUGGAAUUCUUCGAGCUUCUCCGCCACGACGAGGCGCUGAAGAGCGUCUUGCGACGCCCGCCGCUGCUGGUGCCCGAGAAGGGCAGCCGAACGGCCACCGUGAAAUUACUCUUUCCAGAGGUCUCGGUGGACAUCACCAGCUUGGAGGGGUCAGCCUCGCUGGAGUCGAAGUCUGCAGGUCCACAGGUGCUGAUGAAGGAGGAUAGCUGUCACAGGGACACCACCUUCAACUCCUUGUACCUCGAGGUGGAGACUGGAACUUUGCAUGACGUCACCGGAGGGCUGCCAGACCUGGCGCAGGGCCUGGUGCGUUCCCCGCAUCCGGAGGGUGCCAAAGCGUCCUUCUUGGAGGAUCCGGUGCGUUUGCUCCGCUUGCUGCGCUUCGCUGCCCGCUACGACUUCCGCCUCGACGACGAGGUGCUCCGUGCCGCGGAGGACGCCCAGGUGCACAAGGCCCUUGGUGAACUUCUCGAACACCAACGUGGCCGAGUGCUGUUCGAAGUGAAGAAGGCGCUUCUCUUGCACAACCAGCCCUGGCGCUUUUUGGAGCUUUGUGGAGCUUGUGAGGUGCAUCCAAUCCUCUUCACCUCGGUACCAUCGCCGCUGUGGCCCGGUGCUGUGGGCACCGUGCGCCGCUUGGGCCAGUUGCUGCUCUAUGGCCUUGAGUCGGAGCAACUCACUGCACGCUCGCAGCGCUUCCGCGGACGCAUCCAGGGAGGGCUCCCGCCUGCGCUGCUGACGCCUGACUGGCGCAAACUCGGUGUUUGGGAAAAUGACUGGGUGGAACUGCUCGUCGCGGCUCUCGCUUGGCGCUUGAAG